GUCUAGUAUCCUCCUUCCAGAUAUAGGGUCUCUGUAAAGCAUCUUUAUACACAUUCAUCCAUACCUUUAAACGGCCCCAUAUGUACCGGAUACACACACACAAAUUGCAGUGUAACUAGUGAUUGGAGGCUCGCCGGGUGUUCAACCCAUUUUUGUAUCCCUAAUCCCUUCGUCGCCGUUCAUCCCUUCUUCAUUCUCCCUUCCUAAUUCUCAUCUCUUCAUACCUCGUCGACAAUGGCGAUGUUUGUAGAGAAUAGCUUUUUACUUUCUCCGACCGACUCUUCGUUGGACGACAAGACAAAUAGCGAGCCAUGUUCACCUACUCAAAUACCUACCACUACCUCUAAGAAGAGGAAAUAUCCAUCGAUUAAUACUUCGCCUCCUGCUCCUGUAAAGAGAACCGAAAAUUCGGGGGACCUCCUAAGGUCUGCGGUGGCCAAUGCGCUGGGCGUCGAUGCAAGCUCGCUCCCUCAACCGUUUCGUGCUGGCUCGAGUUCAAGCGGGGUUUCUCAACGGACUUUUGAUGGAUCGGAAUCGGCACGAAAAGAAUCGUCGAGCUCGAGUUCGAUAUACUCGCAAAACUCACAACCAGUCGAUGUUACUACAUGGAGGAAAUCGAUGGGUGGUUCGAUCGAAAAGCGCCUCACUGUUGCUAUUGCCAAUAUUCUUGAACUGGACAGCACCUCAAUACCCGUAGACGAGUCGUUCGUGGAUCUCGGCGGAACCCACCGACAAGCUAGAGAGCUACGGGCGAAUUGCAUGGACGCCGGUCUAUCUAUUAAAACUAAGGACAUCAUGAAUUGCAAGACAAUUGCGGAGCUAGAGACAUGUGUAGCGCCGCUCACCAUUUCGAGGUUCCCUAGGAAUAAGACUUCACCGAAGUCUUCACCCACAGCCGUCCGUCCGCUCGAUAUAAAUGAACUCAACUCACCCACCAUUCCCCCAGAAGGCUACCAAUCCCGAGCAUUGGAUCAAGCGUUGGAGCCCCGUCGACCUCCCGCUAUUCCACCGAAAGCUCCGGCUCGGUUUUCUGCGAUUCAAUCACGACUCAAGCACGGCCCAUCCCGAAAACGAUAUACCCAAGUCGAACAGGCUCUAUCACUUCACAACGACAUUUCGAAGGUGUCCGUUCUACGACCAAAGGCUGGAUUAUUUGAGGGCCAGCUUGUAGCAUUUGUUACUUUGGCGAGUUGCACAGUGGAAGGACCAGCCGACUGUGAAGUCAAACUGCAGAAUGCUUACAAUACGAUCCAUCUUCCCACCAUCCAAAAGGCAGCCGAACCGCUGAUUCCGCCCGGGCUUGUUCCUGGGGUCUGGGUAGUAUUGGAAAAGAUGCCUGUCGACGACACGGGCAAGAACAAUCGAAGAAAAUUGCAGACAUGGAUCCAAAAUGCGAAUGACGAACUUCACAAGCAGAUUGGUUCAAUUAAUUCCGGCCAGAAUGUGAAGCAACCUUCGACUGCCAUAGAAAGGCGGCUGCAGAAGAUAGCGAGUAAAGUGCUGAAGAUCGAUCAAGCGACCAUUGGCAUGAACAUGUCAUUCACAAAUCUUGGUGGUGACGAGAGCACUGCUACGAAAUUCGUUGCCAAAUGCGAGUCGCAAGGGAUAUCUCUUAAUGCGGAAGACGUUAUGCGAGUAGCGUCGUUAUCUCAACUUGCGGCUUCUGCGACGUCGAGUAGAUCGCAUUUUCGUAAUCCGAAUAAGCCUGCUAUGGAAACAUUCGAGCUCUCCCCCAUGCAGCGACUGUAUUUCCAUACUCCUAUGGGUAAUGAUGGCCAACGAAGAAAAUCCGGGAAUGGCGAGUACCGAUUCAACCAGAGCGUAUUGUUUCGAUUAAGACGGAAUAUGAGCGUUGAAGAUGUGCGAGCUGCAGUUGAAGCAUUAGUUGGACACCAUUCCAUGCUUAGAUGUCGGUACCAACCCAGUGGAGAUUCAUGGUACCAAUCCAUAGAACCGGAUAUCCCGUCUUCGUUUCAUUUCGCCCACCAUUCGAUAAGGACGGACGCCGAAGUCGAAGAAGUUAUAAGCACCGCUCAUCUAAGCAUUGAUAUCGAAAAUGGCCCGAUUUUCGCUGCUCACCACUUCCAAACCCACGAUGGUUACCAAAUGAUUUACAUGGUCGCACAUCACCUCGCUGUCGAUCUUAAAUCUUGGUGCAUCAUUGCGUAUGACUUAGAAGGGCUCCUAACUAGUGGUUGUCUUGUAUCCGGCAAUACUCUCUCAUUUAAAGAGUGGACGCUUCACCACAGGCAUCGGGUUCAAGGUAUGAAGUUCCCAUUCAACAUUCCACUCGGAAAUGCGAGAUACUGGGGAAUCAAUGCCACCUCCAAUACAUAUGGCAAUACGACGGCCGCUGGCUUCACGUUAAGCACAGAGAUCACCUCAGCCCUCAAAGCUAGUUGCAAGGUACGGAGGACAGAUCUUGCGGAUGUCUUCAUGGCUGCUCUUGGCCUCUCCUUCGCACAAACGUUCCGAGACCGCUCGGUCCCGGUGAUUUGGAACCAGGAGAACGACAGAGCCGCUUUAGACGCAGAGCGUGACGUGUCCAAAACAGUAGGAUGGUUUACUUCCCUCUGUCCGUUUGCUGUGGAAUCCGCGCCAACCGAUGACAUCGUGAGCGUUCUUAGCCGUGUAAAAGAUUUGCGACGUGCUCUCGCUGGCAAAGGUGUUUCGCAAUUCGCCGGGAACUUGACGGAUGCCACCUCCGCGCUUGCAUUCGCGUCUUCUCACUGCCCGCUCGAGCUCAUGUUCACCUAUGCUGGAACCAUGCAAGAUGUGCAAAACCAAGAUGCUCUCUUAGAGCAGCUCCCCGUGCCAGGUAGAGCGCUAGCUUCUAGCACAUCAGACAUCGGACGCGAUGUCGGACGCAUCGCCGUUUUCGAGGUGUCAAUUCUGGUUGAUCAAGGCGAAACCAAAUUCAAAUUCCUCUACCAUAAAGGUGCGACACACCAGGACCAGAUACACAGCUGGAUUCGUAGUUACGAAAAGAUCCUACGUCAAGCCGCCACGAAGUUGCAGAAUGAGUCUCCUGGGCUGUCAUUGUCUGAUAUUCCUCACAUGGAUAUUACAGAGGAAGGCCUUCGCCGACUGAACAAGGAAAUCCUCCCACGUCUUAACCUCAACGCCUCCAACAUACAGGCCAUAUAUCCCGUCACGGCGAUCCAACAGAACAUUCUAACCAACCAGUGCUUAACACCCGGUAGUUCUAUUGCGCAGAUGAUAUUCGAUCUUGACACAUCCAGCGGCCCUGUUGAUAUCUCUCGAAUUUGUGCGGCUUGGCUUCAAGUAUCCGGCAAACAUUCAGCUCUUAGGACCGUAUUUUCCCAAAGUGUCUCAAAGAAUGGACUGUACGACCAAAUAGUUUUGCGAUCUCACUCCCCUAAUAUGCUCUUCUUGGAAAGCGACAGCGUUGAGGACGCGAUGGUAUCUAUCGAUAACCUUCCCCCAUUGCUGCUUAACGAAGGCAACCCUUGGCAUAGACUUGUUGUCUGCCAGGUUGCCGGAAAGACCUUUUUAAAACUGGAAGCGAGUCAAGCAGUAUGCGACGUCGCUAGCAUGCCAAUUCUCUUCAAAGAACUCGGACAGAUUUACUUCCAUGACAAGGCCCCUGCCGUAUUUGAAGCAUCAUACCCCGAAUAUACGCAGUGCCUCAAGGCGACUGCUUGCAGCAUUGAUUUCUGGAGGGAGCACCUACAAGGGGUCCAGCCAUGCCGAUUUCCCACACUCAUCUCAAAACGGCCUACACAGAGUCAAUGGGAGACUACUUCCAUUGACCUUAAGAUCCCGUCUGAGAGCCUGAAAUCUUUUGCUAGCAUUUACAAAAUCAAGAUAUCAACGGUGCUUCGAGUUGCCUGGGGUUUAGUACUCCGAACUUUCGUGGGAACGGACAAUGUCUGUUUUGGUUCUCGCAUCUCUGGCAGAGGUCUUCCCGUCGAGGGUUUGAGGAGCGCUGUGGGCUCAUUUUCCACUGUAGUGACAUCAUGGCUCGCCAUCGCUUCCGAUGCGCCUCUCGCACAACUCCUACUCGCCGCUGAGGAAGAGUACAAGCAGGUGCUUGACCACCAGCAUGUGCCGGUUUCCAGGGUUGAACACGAGCUGAAAGUCAAGGGAGAUCACCUAUUUAACACUUGCCUUGCGUUUGGUUACAAAUAUGUCGCGGACGACCCCUCCAGAUGCCGCCACGUGAGAACUGAACAGUCCUCAGAAUACGAUAUUAAUACCGAUGUCUACUUCCACGAUGGCAACGUCACACUUGACAUUGGUUACCGUAUCCUUACCUCUGAUCAAGCAACAACUGUAGCCUAUGCCUUUGGGAGAGCCAUUGAAGCCAUUUUGGAUGCGCCGACAAGCCUAGCCAAAGAGACAGAUCUUUUCAGUAUGCGCGACCACAGACAAAUCUUAGCAUGGAAUAAUAUGCCUCAGGUCGACGUCCAUGACCAGCAUAUCCACCAAUUGAUCGCCUGCCAAGCUUCACGAAAUCCGGAUAUCCAAGCCGUUUGCGCUUGGGACGGAGACUUGUGUUACGGUAGCUUACAUAAGUCAUCUGUUAUCCUUGCCAAGCAUCUUUUGGCCUCUGGAUUGAAGCCACAAAUGCCUGUACCGGUGAUCGUCAAUAAGAGCCGAUGGGCUGUUGUGGCUAUGUUGGCAGUUCUUCAUGCUGGUGCAAUUAUCGUGCCUAUUGACGCAGAGCUCCCCUCGACAUUUUCCUGGGUCAUCAAGACGGUCAGCGCUAAAUUUGUGUUGGUGUCUGAUGAUAUUCGGAAGCACGUUGAUGGACUUGGCGCGAAGGUUACCGUUGUGAACGAGAACACCGUCACGGCUAUGUCAGCGCAACCCGUCGGCUUAAGCCCUCCCCACGCCGCGCCCCACGAUAUUGCGUGCAUCCUAUUCACUUCCGUCGGAUCAUCUAAGACACCCAAGGGUAUCUCGUAUAGCCACGGUGCCCUAGCGACUGCGUGUGCCGGUCAAGGUUCAACGUUGUUGAUCAACCCAUCUAGCAGAGUUAUGCAACUCUCUUCAUACAGCGUCGACAUCGCGCUAGCAGAAAUAUUCACCACUCUAGUCAAUGGCGGCUGUGUGUGUGUUCCUUCUGCCAAGGAAAAGAUUACGGAUUUUCCGGCGGCCGCUAGACGCAUGCGUGUCAAUUGGACAUAUUUGACUCCUACACUGUCCAGGAAACUUGACCCCGAGACCUUGCCUGAUAUCGCUGUUGUCUGUUUCCGCACGCGACACCUUGACGAUGAUGCAUGCGCGCCAUGGGUUGGAAAGGCCAAGGUGCUACUGGCAUAUGGCUCUGCCGAAGCCUGUCCGCUUGCACUCUCCGCAACGGAGGUGACGCCCACGAAAGCUUCGCAAUGUUUCGGUAACCCGUUCUGCGGGAACUUCUGGAUCGUAAGCCCCGAGGAUAAUAACCGACUCAUGCCAGUUGGAGCCCUCGGCGAGCUAGUGAUAGGAGGCCCAACGCUUGCCAGCGGAUUUGACGUUAACGACCCCGACGUUCUAACUUGUGUUGGUAAGAGCGUCGCUCGUGCAAAGUCGCUACUCGAAAAAUCCGGGAGCCGUUUACUCAAGACAGGACACUAUGUUCGAUAUCGCGAAGAUGGUGAAAUUGAAUUCGUCUCCGAUGACAGCCAAGAGGCAGAAAUUGGCAGCAGGAAAUUCCGUCUUUCAGAUGUCGAGCCGAAGCUUAGACAAUGUCUUGGCCGAGGUGUCGACGUCGUAGUAGAGACAAUUGCCUUCAAUGAUCCUAACUCGGCACCAGUACUUGCUGCAUUUAUAGAACUCGGUGAGAAUCUUAUGCAAGGAAACGAGAGUCUUUCGAAGCCUAGUCGUAUGACUAAGGAGAGACUAUAUCUUUCUAAGAAAAUGGCGGAUAUGAUCCUUCGAGAGACUUUACCGAGUUACAUGAUUCCUUCGGCUUAUAUACCGGUCAAGCGCAUGCCACUGACACCGACGAUGGAGGUCAAUAGAGUUGAACUCCAGCGUAUGAUCUCUGGGUUAUCUAAGAAACAGCUUCUUGGACUCGCAGAGGUUUCCAAUCCUCAAGAGGUCCAAAAUACCAGUUUCAAACCUCUUCCAUUGACCGAAGCUGAACAACGGAUGCGGGUUAUGUGGGCUAAGGUCCUCGACAUCGAACAGGAGUCGAUCACGACUAGCGAUGGAUUCCUAAGCCUAGGAGGCGACGCCGUCUUAGCUCAUGAUCUAGUUAUCGAAUGCAGAGAAAGAGGCCUUGGCAUUUCCAUCAUUGACGUCCUCCGAAACAUUUCCCUUGCCGAACUUUGCAGGGCUAUUGUCAUAAUGGAGACUACUCCUGCUGCCGUUCCGGAGGUCCGAGUUGCACAACCAAGCCCCCCCAACACCCUUGUUGAUGAAGCAAUCGCACCGCGUCUCGGAUCUGACAAGAGCCUAAUCGAGGAUGUUGCCGAGGCAUCAUCACUCCAGGCAACAUACGUCGAAUCCGGUAUGCUACAGAGCCAUGGUAACGUCAAUUACUUGACGAUCAAUAUCACUGGAUCGAUCGAUUGGCACAAACUUCAAGAUGCAUGCUACAUGUUGACCAAGGCUCACCCGAUUCUUCGAACCGCGUUUGUAAGUCACGGCCGCCAGCUUUACCAAACUGUUCUUCGAUCAUGUCGUCCCGAGUUUCAAAGAUACCAGUGUCAAGGCUGGAGACUCAGCAAUUUGGUUACGAAACUCGUCAAAGGAGAGCAACCAUUACCUGUUGAUUUCCGUCAACCUAUUACUAAGUUCUUCUACUUCGAUGCUAAAAAGAGCUCUGCUCUUGUCAUUCGUCUUUCCAGGGCCCAAUACGAUGAUCACUCAAUGCGCGUGCUCGUUCAGGAUCUUAGUCAAUUCUACAGUCGCGGCGAUCGAGCUGUUCGACGCGCUAGCUUCUGCGACUUGGUCAGAGCGGCGCAGUUCCUUCAUUCGAAUGACUCGGCUGAACAUUGGCGCCGCCUACUUGCGGGCGCAUCAGUAACGCAAAUCAUUGAACAGUCCUCACCCACACAUGUCGAUUCUAACUCGACGACUCUUCGCCAGCAAAUUCCUACUGGGUCGCUACAACUCCUGGGAAUACCGUUUGAGUCAAUCCUCAAGGGCGCAUGGUCUGUUGUGCUAUCGAACUUAUCGGACACCGAUGAUGUUGUUUUCGGCCAGUUCAUUGAAGGCAAUAACUUAAGUCUUCUAAGCGGUCAAGACAUCUCAGAUGUUGUUGGUCCUACGGGCAAUAUCAUACCCAUUCGAACGCGUGUACCCGAUGCUCCUAUCACGCCGUAUGAAUAUUUCCGAUCUAUCCAGAGUCAGCAUGUGACCAGUGUACCACAUGAGAACAUGCAAACUUUGGACAUUAUCCAAAAAUGUACUACUUGGCCAGCCUGGACUCGCUUUAGCUCCGUCGUCUACCACCAAAACAUGAGUGAGGAAGAAAAGUCCAUUGACUUCAAUAUUGGCGACGCGAGAUGCAAGCUAGACAGCAUCGAAUCGAACUCACUAUGCUCAGAUAUCUUCAUUAAGUCGGUUAUGUCGGGAACUGCUAACGUCGAUAUAUCUUUCACCUUCUGCGAGAAGAAAGUACCUCUUUCCUUCGCGGACGAGGUUUUGAAGAUGCUUUGCUCGGUUAUCUCACUUCUUACUUCAGCUUUUGUCAUAGAGCCGGUAACCCUAAAGGGUCUUUGCGAUAACUGCGACACCUCAAGGAUCCCACUUCCCUCACCGAAGUGCGAGAUAAACGUGCCGUCGACCGUAGAAUCGGUCGAGCCCGAUCGCGCUAAGGCCGUUCAUACUAUGAUAUCGAACGCAUGGGAUACGAUUCUCGACGUCCAUUCGCUCAAGGUACCCGAUAUCCGCUCGGUUCCCUUCUACGAAAUUUGGGGAGCGCUUCUACCCGCCGCUGAGCUUGCUAAGUACUACAACGAAAAUAUGCCUUGGAUCCCGGGCAUUGAACGCGUAACAUUUACGAUGGAGGAGAUCAUCGAGCACCCAACAAUGAUGCAGCAAUACGAACUAAUCAUCGCUAAGCAACAAAUACCACAGCUAAGAGGCAGUAGAAGCCUCAUGUUAAUGCGCACUCAAACAGGUUGGAACAAGGGCAUACGCAAAUUAUCUAAUGUCAGCGUUACCUCUAACCCGAGCAGUUUUAUGCCGAGUAGCUAUCCUGCACUACGCGGCCACAAGCCUAGCGCUAGCAGCGGGAGCACUUCCAUGGAUUCCAUGACUAAUGGCAGCAGCCAGAGUGAUGAUGAUGAGUUGAGAGAAGACGCGAUCCCGUUGAGACUUCUUGUUCCUGGGAUGAAGGCGAUGGCUAAAGGGAGUGACGCGAAGGUAGCGAAGAUGGGAGCUUCGCUACUUGGACGAAUGAAGAAACCUUCUUUCUCGACCUAGAUAAUAUCUAGGUAUUUAUUUAUUUCUUUUGUAUAAGGGGGUUUACGUGAGGAUGAAUAUUUACGUUUCGGUACUGUAUUAUCUAGCAUAAUUUGCAUGACUGGUGUUUGGCAUUGAACGAGUGGACAAGAGGAUAGACUUUGAUUCUUCGACCACAUUUUCAGGACAUGAUACCAAUGAUACCUUAUAUAUAGUUCUCAUUCCUUGGUCCUUAGCUAUAUAGAUACCUAUAAUCUAUUUUAAACCUUGAAACGUCUAAAUCGUUACUGCGU